GCGCGCCUCACGAUCAAUCUGAUAUAUUUCAAAUGUUGAUGGAUGUUUUAUUCAUUAAAUGCAUUGUUCUGGAAGCAGGUUUACUGGACCACUAGAGUUUAAUGGUAAAGUUUUUCUGAUACUCAUGCUAGUUCAGAUAGCACAUUCAUCACCGCCUGCGCAUCCAUCGACUGGCCAGCGCUGUUCAUCUAGUCAAUGGUUGAUUACCUACUGUUGCAAAAGUCCGCCUUGUCGAACGGCGUGAUUCUAGAGGUAGGCUUGCAUCAGGCUGGUAUUUCUCUAGCAAUUUGCUCGGCGCUUGCUGUCCGGCCCCGACGCAACCUGUCCUGCACGCACCUGGACUGUUCCUGGACACCAUCCCGGUGUCUACUCGCCUGUCUUCUCAGCCUUUUCGAGUUUGAGCGGCGGAUGACAACACUAUUGACGCGUACUUCUCUGCUACUCCGGUUGAUCGAAGCUCACUCGUGCCGCUGUCUGAAAAAGCGUCAUUUCUGCUCAGUCACUCACCUCUUACAGUUGCCGUCCAACGCAGAGCGGCAGGAUCAUCACGUUAUUGUUACGCGGCUGAUCUUAUUGCGUGAAUAAACCAUCUCUAAUAAGGUGCCCCUAUCAUCAGUCGCCCGAACCCAGGACACUCAGUCUACGUGUAUGUCAUUUUGACUGGCUAUUGGGUAUCUAACACUGAACGUCCAGGUCUACUUCCCGUUCGCGACGUGUUUGUGUUCUGUCCAUAGCUGAAACUUAAAGGAAAUGCCACGUUCUCCGUAGUGGUCACAGAAUUGUACAAGCAACUGUACAACGCUGCAAGCCAACCACGGUAAUUUGAUUCGAUUGCGUUGCAUUAACCAGGUGGUUUGCUGAGCUGAUUUCAGCCGAAUCCACUAAAGAGUGACAGCCGUGGCCACUAUGGAAGCGUCUCUAGCACAAUGCAUCGAGCAAUCCGUGUCAGCGUCUGCGACGCCAGAACAGCGUCGCGCAGCGACCAAAGCCUACAACGAGUUCAAGGAAUCGAAAGAUCCCACUGUCAUGGCUGCAGCUUUGGCAUUAUGUGCUCCACAGCCAAAAACAGGGUAUACGCCCGACGCGUGCAACGUCCGGCAUAUGGUGCGUCAUGGCGCUCUGCUACUGAUGGAGCACUGGGUUAGAUUACGAUGGAACGAAUUUUCUGAGACCGAACGAACCCAACUUAAAACUGAAUUGUUUCAAUGGAUCGAGGGAACGGGCGAUAUUAUGCAAGAAAUUCCACAGGUCAAAGAAGGUAUCUGCCGCCUUGCUGUAGAAAUCGCCAAACGUGAAUGGCCGCAAAAAUGGCCUGAACUGAUGCCAACUUUAUUUACUAUAACCAAACUCCGUGGCAUGGGCCAAACAGAGCUAGUAUUACUUACGCUGCUUCGAAUAGCCGAAGACGUCGUGCAACUGCAAACCCUAAAUGAUGCACCUCAAAGACGCAAGGAUAUAUAUCAGGCAUUGACUGACAUGAUCCCAGGACUUUUCGAGCUCUUUUUUGGCAUACUCAACAAAUACUACUCACUAGAAGAUCCCAGUCCAGCUGUAAUGGCGGCUCGUGCCAAACUUCUAGCCAGUACGUUGAUCACACUAACCUGCUAUGUUGAAUUCGUUCAACUGAAGGAAUUUUUGCUUGACGAUGUAUUCAAAAUGCUCUGCUUUCUCCUAAAUGAUUCAGGCCUUCGUUUGCAGGCCGCUAAUUGCCUCUGUGAAAUAGCAGCUAGAAAGUUUAAAGGCCUGGAACUCGAACAGCUCUGCUCGAAAUUCCUUAAGCAGGAGGUGAUGUCGGAGAUACUAAGUAGCAUCGGUGGAAUACUUGCGGCCACUGAGCAGGGUCGGGAGAAUGAUUCAACGUUCCUGUUGGCGUUAUGCGAAACACUCGCUGGAGUGUCGAAACAGAUUUCAGCGUCCAUACUUCAGUCGGAUCAGAAGUUUGAAUAUCCUUCGACGUUUGUUGAAAUGGUUAAUGCUGUUAUUCAACUGUGCCAGCACCCCAGUUGUGUUGUGGCCCGUGUCGCAUUGUCGGCAGCCGCACCGCUGUUGAAGGUCGAGCAAAAGGAUGCCAGUAAGCUCGCAUAUCCACCAUUGUUGUGGACAGUUGUUUGCAAAAUGAUCCAGCAAAGGCUCGUCUUCAAUGACUACACUCAAUCUGCAUGGGAUUUUGAAGACUACGCUGAACUAAAAAAGGCCUAUAGCCAUUUCCGGUCAGAGUUAUGUGACCUGUUAAGAACUGCUGUGGUAAUUCACCCUUCUGUGGCGGUUAAUGUAGGAUUAACGCGUUUGAGGGACCUGCUUCAACGAACGUCUAUUAUAAGUUUGACGCCGUUGACUGCUAGUAACAGUAACGCAUCUUGUGCUGUGACCGCCGAAGAGUGGGCCGGCUUUCACCGUUAUUUAGAUACCGUUUGCUCAACUAUCGUCAAGGAAUCGGUAUAUAUAGUCAACAGUGAUAUACCUAUGCAAUUUAUAGGAGCUUUUGAUGAACUAGUGGCGUUAAGUCGCGCUGGCGAAGAUAACCUAAGCAGACUUUCGUCUAUUGCCUCUUGUUGUUCUGCUCUAUCGCAUUUUAUUGCUGACGACACAGCCAGGCUGGGUAAACUUCUUGAAGUUGUUUUUGCCAUGGGGGCUUUAGAGCUACCUGGCGAAACAAGAGCGACACGGUCCCCAGAAUCUCGUGAAUAUCGAAAACAUGGUACCGCUCUAUUUGUCCGCUUAUGCGUGGACCAUCCUCAGCAAAUGGCCAAGCACCUUGAGGCGAUCAAGCUUACUAUCUCCCAAAGACUGACAUUAAAUACUGUUAGUGGACUAGAAAGGCAACACUACCUCGAGGGGUUGACUGUGCUUUCGAAUGUGGCAAAUGACCCAGUUGCGCAGUCCGCUCUUCUAGAACACAUGUUGGCUUCCGACGUAGCAUUCUUUUGCGCUGAUCCCGUUUUCAUAAGGGCUGUUGAAAACGUUCAGUCCUUUGCUCUGUUUCUGGGCUUACAGGAUAUAGAAGCCUUUGCAAGGGCUGUCGACAACAGGGCAAAUUUGACAGGCAAGCUUAUGUCCAUUACUGGAGUGCUAAAGAGAUGCAAAACUAUCCAAGACAGACACGUAGCCUUCGAACUAAUUAGCAAAACGUGUUUGAUACCGAUCCUGAAAAUCGUCUGGUUAUUCAAAGAACUAUUUGCACAUUUGAAUUUACUACAUCCUGAUAUUCUUCAAAGUAUAAUGUGCCUCAACGAAGCCGACAAAUCGAAUAUUUUUGCCGACAACCGACCAUGCUGCGACUUCCCUGUACCGAGUGUCUCUGCUGCUCAAGGCUUUGUUUCCAUUCUGCAGGAGACGCUUAGUCAGUUUCUGGUUACUUGCACCUUCAGAUCCGAGUUCUAUACUCUACGAGACGAUAUGACCUACAUCAUAACUCACGGCAUGGAGAAUCUGCCCAUUAUCAAAAUGCGAUUCUACUUUCAUUCCGUGGUCAGGUCGCUCGUCAAAAACUGUCCCGAGCGGCUACUUUUGCCGAAGCUAUCGUCAACUUUUGUUCCGCUCAUGUCAAGUGUUUUUACUUUUCUUCAUGGGCAAUGGCAGGAGUGGAUGAGCCGAAAAGACAUCGACAGAGCGCAUGAGGAAUCCGAAGCAACACUUGAAACAUUUGUGAAUGAACAGGUCAUGCAUCAGAUGAGCAGAGAUCUUAUGGAAGUCAUGGCCAACUUUCUUUUAGACACAAACAAGCCGCAAGUAACAGCAGGGCAAGCGUCUAAUUUUGAAUCGGUGUCUGCGAUUACUACUUUCGGCAAAGAACUUUUAGUUGAUGAAAGUGCAAGCCAAUGCACUAUUACUAUCGCCUUUACAGCCCUUUUCUGGGGUGAUACGUUAACAAGUUACAAGGCAUACAAGUUAUGUCGUGCCAUUACCGCGUACAUUGUGGAGAGUGGACGCGAGUUCGACAUCCGUUGCUCUUCAUUUAUGUUUGGAGCGUUCUUGCGUUCGUUACGUGUGCACGGCGACGAGGAAGGGCACGUUGCCCUUCUACUGUCCUUCGGUGUUUACCUGUACAGGUGGUUAGGACAUUCUAGGGGCGCAAGUGAUUCUAGCAGUCCUCAGCCCUUCCUGCGAGAUAUGCUUCUUCAAGCGGGCUGUAAUGAGGUCUCUCUAGCGCACUUCGAAAGGAGUAUUGCACCUGGUGUAACGACGCCUCAGAGAAAAUGCAAAGAACUUUUCAAAAUGGCUGUAAAAGGAAUUAUAAAAGAAAGCGUCAGUACCCAAUGGAAGGAAGAAGUUCAUAUUCAGCAUUUAGCCCCGCUGUGGAAAAUGCCAAAGAAGCGAGUGGAUGACGAAAAAGUGAUUUCGCUGGAGGAUUUAUUUGGAUAACAGAAGGAAAAGGGACCUAGUUAGCCUACAGGAGUAUACCGCCCAAAACUUGAGAAGGUGAAUGCUAUAUGAAUGCACUGCACUGUACAUCGUCCUUCAAAACCCGUAAAGUAAUUACAAAUAUCUCUGACACAUUAAUGAAGCAAUGCCGUAAUAAGAAAAUGCUAAUUGAAGAUUAAUCUUAUUUUUCUCGCGGCAUAUGUUAAUAGUACCCCCUAUGGCCUCGUUUGCAAAUUCAAAAGCGCCAGGUCUCGAAAAUGAUGACGCCUGUAUUUUUGCUAACUAUCUAACUCUCCUUUUGUUGUCUAAAAAUGGAUCAAGACGGAAAGGCUAGUGCCGGUUGUUGAGUGUGUCGACCUGCUAUUAAAACCAGGCGUAAAUAUGAUGUUUACUAGACGAAGUAGUUACCUAUUUGCUCGAUGCAGACGUUUAACAGCAUUUCCGGGAGCGUUAAAAAAUGGUUAUGUAGAGUAAGGGUGUUUACUCUAGCAGAAUAAUGUGAUUUUAAUACUAAUCAGACAUGUAAUCAACAGACGUUGAUGUGGCUAAGCAGUAGUAUAAGGGCAUUCCCGUCGAAAUGUGCAAUGCAUUCCUAGCAGAGUUCCUCAGAUAUUUUCAGUUGUUUUGCCUAAAUCAUAAAUUGUAACGGGAAUUAGCAAAUCCUGUCACUUAUGAACCUAAUAUUGAUUUUGUACACGUUGUACAUAAUAGAGUGACCUGUCAGCUAGCAAUCUACCAACAGUAUACCAUUAGCUGUGCUCAUUAUUGCGAUCGUCAUCAGGGGCAAAUUUGUAUAGAGCGGACAAGUUUGUUCCGUAUUUGUACAGUAAUUUAAGUAGCUAAAUGUUGGGUUGAUCUAUUUGAUAUCAUUUUUAAUGGAUCUCUUUGCAGUUCUGCAUUGCGCUGAAAAAUGGAGAUCCUGGGAUUUUUAUUUGUAGAGAUGGACCAAACGUUGCAUCUUAAUAAUAAUUCAAUCUAAUGCAAAUAAUUUGUAUUUCACGUGGUGUACGAUUCCGCAUCACAACGGUAAAUACUUAUACAUUUCAAACAAUAUAGGAUUCUAGAGAAUACUCAAGAGAGUAUUUUAAUAAAGAAAUUCAUGGAAAUAGCUGUGUUUUUAUUUUUAUCGUUACAUUAAUUGUUGUUAUAUAUAUAUAAAUUUUGCCUGUAAUUUUA